UUGACAGAAGAUCAGUCAUAUUCAUUUUUUCACAGUCACAGUCCAGAGUUUGUGUCCUCCGGUAAUUAACAGAGCAAGAAGCCAGCUUAAAGAAGAAGUAGGAACAGAAGUGUCCAAGCAGUUGGAAUGCAAAUCUUUAAGAUGUCCUGCUGUGUGGUGUAUCUGCUGCUGUUUCUCCUGUUCAGCUGUGUCUGUAUGUCUGAGGUCCAGCAGGAAGAGAACAGAAACAAGACUGAGAGCACUGAGCAUUUGGAUGUGGAGGAAAGCGAUGACGAGUUUCAAGAUGAGCAGUUCAGGAGAAAAGACUAUAAAGUGGCAUUUUCGGCAACUCUAGGGUCCAUAGGUAAUUAUGGACCCUUCAAUACUGAGGUUACUCUGGUUUACCAAGAUGUCUUUGUGAAUGAAGGCAGAGCUUACAACUCAGCCACUGGAAUCUUUACAGCACCUGUUAAAGGCGUCUAUUUCUUCAUGUUCUCUGGACACAACCGCUCAUCUAAAGCUAUGGGCUUAAGACUCAUGAAGAAUGGACAACAGAUGAUAACAGUGUACAAUCAUCCUUCAGGUGACCGGUAUGAAACAGCAUCUAACUCCAUCUCUUUGACUCUAGAACAAGGAGAUCAUGUCUAUAUGCGGCUCCGGCAAAACACAUGGGUCUUUGAUAAUGAAAAUGACCACACUUCAUUUAAUGGACAUUUGCUAUUUUCUAUUUGAUGGUCUUAUUAAUAUCAUGGUUAC